GCGGGAAUGGCCGCUGCCGCAGGGGAAGAAGAGUCGGUGGAGCGGCUGUUCGAGAGCUGCAGGGAGGUGCCGAAAUGGACGGAGCAGAUCACCGCGCGGGCGCUCGUCGUGAGCCUCAUGCUGGGGUUCUUCCUCAGCUUCAUCGUCAUGAAGCUGAACCUCACCACUGGUAUCAUCCCGUCGCUCAAUGUCUCCGCAGGGUUGCUCGGGUUCUUCCUCGUGAAGAUGUGGACGAAGGCGCUCGAGCAGGUCGGCGUGCUCAACCGGCCCUUCACCCGCCAGGAGAACACCGUUAUCCAAACCUGCGUCGUCUCAUGCUCCGGAGUCGCAUUUAGCGGUGGCUUUGGGAGCUACAUACUUGGGAUGAGCAAGCAGGUGGCGCACGGCUUGGAGGACGCCAAGUCGGAUCUCAACAUCAAGGAGCCCUCUCUCGGUUGGAUGAUCGCUUUCCUUUUCCUCGUCAGCUUCAUUGGCUUGUUUUCCAUCCUGCCCCUGAGGAAGAUCAUGAUCAUUGGGUACAGGUUAACAUACCCAAGUGGCACCGCAACAGCUCAUUUGAUCAACAGUUUCCACACCCCUCAAGGAGCCCUUCUGGCAAAGCAACAAAUUUCUCUCCUGUUCAAAUCCUUCAGUGCCAGCUUCUUAUGGUCCUUCUUCCAGUGGUUUUACACAGCAGGAGAAGGCUGUGGCUUCGCUGCGUUUCCGACGUUUGGGCUCACAGCUUAUAAGAACAGAUUUUACUUUGAUUUCUCUGCAACCUAUGUGGGUGUGGGAAUGAUUUGCCCUUACCUGAUAAACAUUUCGCUGCUUCUCGGCUCCAUCAUCUCUUGGGGGAUCCUGUGGCCAUACAUCAACAGCAAGAAAGGAGAGUGGUAUGAUGCUGCUCUCCCCCACGACAGUUUGCACGGCCUCACUGGAUACAAGGUAUUCAUAUCAAUUGCCAUGAUCCUGGGUGAUGGUCUCUUCCAAUUUCUCGCUGUUCUCUUCCACACCACCUAUGACAUGUACACUAAGCGCCGCCAGCGGGACCCUGUCACGCCUUUCUCUACUAGUGGAAGCAACGAAGGCUCUUCCCACUCCUCGUCCUCAGACCCAACCCUCAACUUUGACGAUCGCCGUCGCACCAAGGUCUUCAUCAAGGAUCAAAUCCCCAGCGCCACUGCUGCAGUAGGCUACAUCCUCCUUGCCAUCAUCUCCCUUGUGGCCGUCCCUCACAUCUUCCCUCAGCUCAAAGCGUACCACAUCAUUGUUGCCUACGCCGUGGCGCCGCUCCUUGCCUUCUGCAACUCGUAUGGCUGUGGUCUCACUGACUGGUCCCUCGCUAGCAGCUAUGGUAAGCUCGCCAUCUUCAUCUUCGGCGCGUGGGUUGGUGCCAGUGGCGGUGGCGUGGUCGCCGGCCUCGCUGCUUGCGGUGUCAUGAUGGGCAUUGUCUCCACUGCCUCCGACCUCAUGCAAGACUUCAAAACAGGCUACCUUACCCUUACUUCCCCGCGCUCUAUGUUUGUUUCACAAAUCAUCGGCACUGCCAUGGGCUGUGUUAUUGGGCCUGUCGUGUUUUGGAUCUUCUACAAAGCCUACCCGCUGGGAGACCAAAACUCCGAAUACCCAGCUCCAUAUGCAAAGGUGUACCGUGGCAUUGCGCUCCUUGGUGUUGAGGGCUUCUACUCCCUCCCCCGCCAUUGCCUCAGUUUCUGCCUAGGCUUCUUCCUCCUAGCCUUUGCCAUCAGUGCGGUGAGGGAGAUAGCCAAGUAUAAGAACUGGUGGAUAUUCAAUUAUGUGCCGAGCGCGAUGGGGAUGGCGGUGCCCUUCUACCUGGGGUCGUACUUCACGAUCGACAUGUGUGUAGGAAGCCUAAUAUUGUAUGUGUGGGAGUGGGUGGACCAGCGAAGUGCAGCAGUGUUCGCACCUGCGGUUGCAUCAGGGUUGAUCUGUGGGGACGGGAUAUGGUCGCUGCCAUCAGCCAUGCUUGCCCUCGGAAAAGUCCGACCGCCAAUUUGCAUGAAGUUUCUCUCAGGGGCCAAUAAUGCGAGGGUGGAUGCUUUCUUGAGUGGGUGAGAGCUUUCUGUGCAGGGAAUACAUAUAAAACAUGUUCCAGAGAUGAAUGAAUGAUGUAUUGAUAAAGGAAUUGAUGAGCUAGAUGGUAUGUAAAUAAGCUUAAUUAGCUCCGGGAUGCCUAUGGCAAUGGUUUAGGCUUGUAAUAUAGCAACAUUAAUGCGUUAAGUAUCCAUGAGGUUUGCUCGAAGUGCAAUUAAUGAGUCAGAUUUCAAA